AGGCAAGUAAUGAAAAGUUUAGAUGGAAAAAGGUUUCGAGCAGAUGACAUUUUUCAAUAUUUAGAAUCACCUAUGAAAGAUAAAGGUUAUAACAAGACAUCAAAGCAAAUGCAGACUAAAUUUAGAACUCUGAGGCGUAAGUAAAAAUAUAUUUUAUGUGAAGUAAAUUAAAACGUAGUUAUUCAUACUUUAUUUGAUUUAUUGAAUGAUAAUUGUAAGGAAUCCUGAGUACUUGAACAUUUUAAAUUCUGCAAGUCUUGCAACAUUACGUUAAGUAACGAUUGUACUAGAAUAAGCUUUUCCUUUUCAACUUGGGGAUAUUUCUUUACAAUAAUAGUUUUUAAAUACUUGCAGCUUUGGCUCUCUCUGGAGCUGAACUAUUUAAAUUUAGUAAUACAUUAAUUUUAUAUUGUAACAUUAUUUAUCAUUUUCAGUUCAAUAUAACAAAAUCCGAAGACAAAUGGGAAAAAGUGGAUCUGGUAACUGCAUGUCCUCAUUUCCAUAUGCUGAAGAAAUAAGUCAACUUUUGGAUUUCCGUCCCAUUGCUCUAGGGGAUGUUGUAGACAGCACACUACUACAAGAUUUUUCUGAGAGUAAUGAUAAUAGUUAUUCAAGGAACAACAUCUAUGAAGAUGAACCAGAUCCACGAAACGGUGCAAUUCCAGGAUGUUCUUCGACAUUAGACAAUUCAUCAACUACAGGCUGUGUGUUACAAGAAGAUUUGUCAAGCGAAUCGAAUACCGUAAAUCUAAGUGCAAUUAAUAGUGUUGUUCCUACAAAAAAACGUAAAAUGAGCAGAUCAAAUGAAGCUAUUACCAUGAGGUACGCAGAUAAAUUAAAGGAAAAUUAUGAAGAAAUUCAAAACAAAAUUAUGACAGAGAAUCGAUGCUUCAUUGAAAAGUUAAUGGAAUCUGAAAGAAAGUUAGAAAAAGAAAUAAUUAACAAUAUGCUUGAAAGCCAAAGAACUAUAUUAAAAGAAACAACUAAUCAAUUGUUAACUGGCAUGCAAAAUAUUUUCGCUCCUAAGAUCUCGUCUCAACUGUCGACAGUUUCAGUUCCUACAGUCAACCCAAUCGCUCAAAAUCCCUUUGUAAUCUCCCCACUUCAUUAUUCUUCUUCAUUUUCACCAUCUAAUCUUGAUUCGCAAGCCUUUAGUUCUUCAAGUCCUUUUCCUAAAGUAUUAUUAAAUUUAAAAAUCUAACUCCGGAGAGAGCCAAAACUGCAAGUGUUCAACAAACUAUUACUAUGAAGAAAUAUUCACAAGCUGAAAAUGAAAAGCCUAUUCCUGUACAAUCACUAGACAACGUAACGUUGCAAGAU